AGGUCAAGAUGCUAGUCGUCGCCAGCAUUGGCUGUUGUAUAUAAAUUUUGACAAAAGAAAGACUUCGGUUUAAACCAAUUUUGGCAAGGCGGCGGCCAUAAGGUGAUGACCACUCGACGCGAAGACAUGGCAUGGAUUAGCCGUAGCUCCCGGUCGCAUUCCCAUCUCCAUCUGCUUCUUCUGCUGCCCAUCUUGGCGGUUCCCCUGGCGGCAGGUUUCGGCAACGAGUACGUCCACAUCAAGGUGCAUGUGCCCAAGGAGGAGUCAUCAGCGGAGGCGGUGCCCCCGCCGCACAAGGUUAUCCAUCACUUCCACCACCAUCCGCAUCCACACCAGCUUCUCCGGAACCGCGGACGAGCCCGUCCCAAGGCCAGUCCGCUGCUGGAGAGCGUGAUCCUCUCGGAUCUGGACAAACCGCUGCACAUGAGCGAGCAUACGGAGUAUCUGAACCACGCCAAGGAGCUGGCCGACCAUCUGGCGGAGACCUACGCCAAGAAGCCACCCCCACCGCCGCCGCCCAAGAAGAAGGUCAACACCUACACCAUCAUAGAGGAGCAGCAACGGCCACAUGGCUACGACUACGAGGAUCACCAGGAGCACGGUGUGGAGACGUAUCGGGUGAUUGAGUCGCGGCCCAAGCAGCAGCAUCACCAUCACCACCACCACCCCCAUCAUCAGCAGCAGCAUCUGGAGGCGGAGGAGGAGGAGGAGGAUGGGGAUGUGGGCUAUCACUAUCAGGGUGGGGCGAAAGCGCAUCACUCUCUGGGCAUUGGCGCCUAUGCCGAGCCCGCUCCCGUGGAGGAGCCCCUGGAGCAGGAGCCGGACGCGGGCUACAGUUACUCCCCGCCCAGUCACUCCUACAGCCCGCCCAGCCUCGCCCAUCGCGGCUCCAAGGCCAACCGAGCACCAGCCUACACCUUGGAGGCGCCGCAAGAAUCCGCCUAUGGAUACGAUUACUCCAGACACUCGGCCGGAAGUAGCAGCGACUUCCGUCCGUCCGUUCAGGUGCCAUCCAGCGAUCCGUACGGCGAGGAGGAGCCGGCGGAGACCUAUGGACCACCUAGACGUCGACGGCCAUCCAGCCACGUGGAUUGGCCCGAGGCCAAGGGAUUCAACAGUGCCGCCGCGGAGACGUAUAGCGGCGUCGAUAGCUACAAUGUGGGGCACGUCCAGGGCUACCAGUACAGUGGGCCCUACCUGUAG